AGAAGAACGAUGUUUUGAGAACAUCGAAUCGAAUCGUUUUUCCAAAGUAGACUUGUUGUAAAUAAAAAGUGUGGAAAUAGAAUCUUUGCUCCUCGAGUUAAGAUAAAUGAUUCUCAUAAAACCAUUAUUCUUGUUCUUAUGUUAUGAAUUUAGCCGAAGAAAUUCCUGCGCCAAUUUCGUCUUGCAGAAGCGUUCAACAUUUCCAAACAUUAACAGCUAGUCAAUUUUUCUGUUCAUAAAUUCACUCUUCUUCCGCUGCAGUAAGAGAAAGGAGAGAAAAUUGAUUCCAAUGGCAGAGAGUUCUUCAUCAUUCGUUGUGUCCACUUCUCCCACUAGGCAUGAUGUGUUUCUGAGCUUCAGAGGGGAAGACACGCGUGACAACUUCAUUAGUCACCUUUAUGCAGCGCUGCAGAGGAAGAACAUUGAAGCAUAUAUUGAUUACAGACUACAAAGGGGCGAAGAAAUUUCGCCUGCACUGGAAACUGCAAUAGAAGAAUCAAAGAUCUAUGUCCUCGUUUUCUCCGAAAACUAUGCAUCUUCGACGUGGUGUUUGAAUGAACUCACUAAGAUACUGGAUUGCAAAAAGAGAUAUGAAAGGGAUGUGAUACCAGUUUUCUACAAGGUGGAUCCAUCAACUGUGAGGAAGCAGGAAGAGAGAUACAAAGAAGCAUUCGAAGAGCAUGAACAGCGGUUUAAGGACGACAUGGACAGAGUGCAGAGAUGGAAGAACGCUCUAACCGAAGCUGCUGAACUCUCCGGUUGGGAUUCAAAAGUCACCAGGCCAGAAUACAAACUUGUUGAACAAAUUGUAGAAGAUAUUUUGAGAAAACUGAAUCGUUAUUCCAUUAUUAAUGAUCAACGAAUCGUCGGCACCGAAAAACAUAUUAGUGAAAUUAAGUCCUUGUUGCAUCUUGAGUCAUCAGAUGUUCGAAUCAUUGGAAUCUGUGGCAUGGGAGGAAUAGGUAAAACUACAAUUUCUAAGCAAAUAUAUCACGCAUUGGCAUUGCAGUUUGAUUCCAGCAGCCUUGUUUUAGACGUUCAAGAAAAACUACAAAGAGAUGGAAUAGACAAUAUCAGAAUAAAAUAUAUGUUUGAGCUUCUAAAUGAAACACCAUCCCCUCGUUUGUUAUACUACAAUGAAAGGCUCAAACGGACAAAGGUUUUCCUCAUUCUUGAUGAUAUUACCGAUUCAGCUCAAGUUAGAAGACUAAUGGAAGGGCUUGAUAGUUUUGGGCAGGGAAGUAGAAUCAUUAUGACCAGUAGAGACAGACAAGUGCUUAAGAAUGCUGGAGCUGAUGAUAUCUACGAACUUAAGGGGUUGAAUUUUUAUGAUUCUCUAAAACUUUUUAAUUUACAUGCUUUUAAACAAAAUUCUUCAGACGAAAGUACUUACAUGGACCUAUCAAUAAAGGUGUUGAGAUAUGCAAAAGGAAUUCCGUUAGUUCUCCGACUUUUGGGCUCAUUGCUUUAUGGCAGAAAAAGAGAAGCAUGGGAAAGUCAAUUGCAAAAGUUGAAAAAGUGCCAAGAUCUUAAAAUUUUUAAUGUACUAAAAUUAAGUUAUGAUGGGCUUGACGAGGAGCAGAAGAAUAUAUUUCUUGACAUAGCUUGCUUUUACAGAGGACACAACGAGAGUAUGGUAGUAAAAAUACUAGAUGAUUGUGGUUUCUCUUCUUUGAUUGGAAUGAAUAUUCUCAAAGAUAGGUGCCUAAUAUCUAUCUUGGAUGGUAGAAUUGUGAUGCACGAUCUAAUACAAGAAAUGGGUCAAGAGAUUGUUCGUAAAGAGUGUCCUCAGCAUCCUGCAAAACACAGCCGAUUGUUCAAGGCUGACGAAAUUCAUGAGAUUUUAAGAAAUAACAAGGGGUCAGAUGCAAUACAAUGUAUAUUACAAGAUGUAGACAAAAUGAAAAAAGUUAAAGUACAUGCAAAAGCUUUCAAAAUGAUGAACAAUCUUAGGAUGCUUGUGCUUUAUUCUUAUUCUCGGUUUUCGCAUUCAAAUGUGUUUCUUGAAUCAUCUCUAGUAAGUCUGCCCGACACUUUAAAGAUUCUUUAUUGGAUUGGUUUCCGACAAAAAUCUUUGCCACCGAAAUUUUGCCCACAAAAUUUAGUGAGACUCGAAAUGCCACGCUGCCAUCUUGAACAACUUUGGGAAGGAGAUCAGGUUUUUCAUGUUAUUUAUGUUCCUUUGUGUUUUAGACUUUUCAAGAUAAAAAUAAAAUCUACAAGCAUGUUUUCUACAUUGUACACCUACAAGUUUUCACAAUUCCUUUGUGUCUUCUUCACAUUAUUCAUUUUGAUAUUGUUUUUAUUAGAACCACACAAUUAUACAUAUAUCAUUAGAAUCAUAUUUAGCAUGCUUCUAAACAUAAUUAUAAAUCAAAGAGUUUGUAUAUGUUUGGUGCAUAUAGUCCAAUGUCCCAUGAUUGUAUUACCCAUAUUAUUAAUGAUAGAUAUCUCCUCAUAUUGUCCGACAUGCAUAAUAUACAGUAUUUCCACAUUGUCAUCUAUUAUUAGGAUAGUUCACAGUGUGAUCUUUUUGUGGCAGAGUUUACCGAAGUUGAAAAGGCUCAACCUGAGUUAUUCUCGAAAACUAACUAGAAUACCAGACCUUUCUCUGUCACCAAAUAUUGAAGAAAUAAUUCUCAGUAGCUGUCAGAAGUUGAUUAAUGUUCACUCUUCCAAAUUACUCAGCAAGCUCACUUGUUUAUGUUUAGAUAAUUGUUAUGAUCUGAAGAGUGUAACUAUUCCCAGCAAUAUUCUAUCUAGCUCACCAGGAUUGAUUCUUCUUUCCUCGUGUGACAAGCUUGAAAUGUUUUCAACCAGUCAACCUAAAUCACAUUUGAAAUUGAAGCGUCAACGUGGAACUUUCUCAAGAUCCCAUCGUAAGAAACUGGAGUAUCAACCUGGAACUUUCUCAAGUUUCCCCCGUUUGAAAAAACAGUUUCGAUUUUUCCGAAAAUCCUUUGUUAGUGAUGGUCUUGCUGAAUCUACUUUGGAGUCUUACUCAACAAUAUCCCUUUCCAUACCAAUUUUCUCAAUUAUUUUCAUGAGAUAUGAGGAAGAAGAAAAAGAAGUGACUAAUAAUAAUAUCUACGUAUAUGACGAAAGGCCGAUACAACUCACCGGAGGUGUGCCCUUAAACUAUCGAAGUCUCAAGAAGCUUUGUUUCAUAGAUCUCUCAAACUGUUCUUCCCUUACAAUAUUUCCAUUUGACCUUUCUGAGAUGAAAUUCCUAAAGCAACUUUGUCUCCGUGGCUGCUCAAAAUUGGAAACUUUCCCUGAGAUUGAGGACACGAUGGAAGAUUUAGCUGUUCUCGUCUUAGACAACACAGCCAUACAGGCACUACCUUCAUCCUUGUGGCGUUUGGUAGGGCUUCAAGAACUGAGUUUGCGAAGCUGCAGGAAUCUUGAGAUCAUUCCAUCUUCCAUUGGAAGCCUCACCAGACUAUGCAAGUUAGACCUUGCCUACUGUGAAUCACUUCAAACUUUUCCAAGCACCAUUUUCAGAUUGAAGUUGAAGAAACUUGAUUUGUGUGGCUGCUUAAGGCUGACGACCUUCCCAGAGAUCACAGAGCCAACACAAACUUUUGCUCACAUUAACUUAUCUGAAACGCUUAUCAAAGAACUGCCUUCCUCAUUUGGCAAUUUGGUGAAGCUUCGAUCCCUGCAGCUCAACAAAUGCACCGAUCUCGAGUCACUUCCAAACUCCAUUGUUAAUCUCUUAGAUCUCCGUAAACUUGACUGUUCGGGGUGUGUCAAAUUAACAGAAAUCCCAACACACAUAGGUCGAUUGACGUCAUUAAUGGAACUGUCACUGAGUGAGACCGGAAUCGUGAACCUUCCUGAGAGCAUUGCUCAUCUUUCGAGCUUAAAAUCGUUUGAUUUGAGCGAUUGCAAAAAGCUUGAAUGCAUCCCUCAGAUUCCACCGUGUCUAAACCAACUGGUGGCAUUGGAUUGCACAUCCAUUAGAAGAGUGAUGUCAAAUUCUCUUGUUCGAAACCUCUCAGAUUCCAAAGAGGGUGUCUUCCAAUUUCAUUUCACCAAUGCUCAACAACUGGAUUCCGGUGCUCGUGAGAACAUUGAGGAGGAUGCAAGGCUUAGGAUGACAGACGAUGCAUGUACGUCUGCGUGCUUCUGUUUUCCAGGGACUGAAGUUCCUAAUUGGUUCCCUUUUCGCAACGAGGGAGCUUCAGUGACUAUAAAUGAUGAUUUAAGAUUUUGCAGCGAUGAUAGGCUCAUUGGUUUCGCUCUGUGUGUGGUUUUUGGAAUGUUAGAUACAAAUGAUAUUGGAGGUAGACGUGGUUCUUUUCGUUACAGUCUAAAAUUUGAAUCCGAUGACGAUGGCACACAGAUUAUUCCAAAUAAUGAUUUGUUAAACAACUAUUUCGAAUGGAUUCAUAAAGACAGACUUCUUGAUCAAAAUCACACAUUCGUGUGGAAAUUUAACUUGGAGUCCCUAAGAAGGAGCGGCAUGAGCAUUAGGCUCUGUGAUGCUCGUAGCUUCACUUUUGAGAUCAGUCGGAAUGAUUAUGACUUUCAAUGGCCAAAUUACGACUCAUUUGUAUACGAGUUCAGAUCAGUUGUCACAAUAAAAGAAUGCGGCAUGUGCCCUCUUUAUAGCAGUGGAUGUGGAAGCAAUGUUGCACAGUCUUCGAGGGAAACAAAGGAAGAUAGGAAGAGGAACGCCGAAAGCUACCUUGUGAUGAAGGCAUUAACAAAUCUUGAGAAGCUGUAUUUGAAAGGGCAAUUGUCAAUUUUUCUGUUCAUAAAUUCACUCUUCUUCCGCUGCAGUAAGAGAAAGGAGAGAAAAUUGAUUCCAAUGGCAGAGAGUUCUUCAUCAUUCGUUGUGUCCACUUCUCACACUAGGCAUGAUGUGUUUCUGAGCUUCAGAGGGGAAGACACGCGUGACAACUUCAUCAGUCACCUUUUUGCAGCGCUGCAGAGGAAGAACAUUGAAGCAUAUAUUGAUGACAGACUACAAAGGGGUGAAGAAAUUUCACCUGCACUGGAAACUGCCAUAGAAGAAUCAAAGAUUUAUGUCAUUAUUUUCUCUGAAAACUAUGCAUCUUCCACUUGGUGUUUGAAUGAGCUCACUAAGAUACUGGAUUGCAAGAAGAGAUAUGGAAGAUAUGUGAUACCCGUUUUCUACAAGGUGGAUCCAUCAACUGUGAGGAAGCAGGAAGAGAGAUACAAAGAAGCAUUCGAAGUGCAUGAACAGCUGUUUAAGGACGACAUGGACAAAGUGCUGAGAUGGAAGAACGCUCUAACCCAAGCUGCUGAACUCUCCGGUUGGGAUUCAAAAGUCACCAGGCCAGAAUACAAACUUGUUGAACAAAUUGUAGAAGAUAUUUUGAGAAAACUGAAUCGUUAUUCCAUUAUUAAUGAUCAACGAAUCGUCGGCACCGAAAAACAUAUUAGUGAAAUUAAGUCCUUGUUGCAUCUUGAGUCAUCAGAUGUUCGAAUCAUAGGAAUUUGUGGCAUGGGAGGAAUAGGUAAAACUACAAUUUCUAAGCAAAUAUAUCACACAUUGGCAUUGCAGUUUGAUUCCACUAGCCUUGUUUUAGACGUUCAAGAAAAACUACAAAGAGAUGGAAUAGACAAUAUCAGAAUAAAAUAUAUGUCUGAGCUUCUAAAUGAAACACCAUCCCCUCGUUUGUCAUACUACAAUGAAAGGCUCAAACGGACAAAGGUUUUCCUCAUUCUUGAUGAUAUUACCGAUUCAGCUCAAGUUAUAAGAUUAAUGGAAGGGCUUGAUAGUUUUGGGCAGGGAAGUAGAAUCAUUAUGACCAGUAGAGAUAGACAAGUGCUUAAAAAUGCUGGAGCUGAUGAUAUCUAUGAACUUAAGGAGCUGAAUUUUCAUGAUUCUCUAAAACUUUUUAGUUUACAUGCUUUUAAGCAAAAUAAUUCACAAGAAAUUACUUACAUGGACUUGUCAGUAAAGGUGUUGAUAUAUGCAAAAGGGAUUCCAUUAGCUCUCCAGAUUUUGGGAUCAUUGCUUUAUGGCAGAGAAAGAGAAGCAUGGGAGAGUCACUUGCAAAAGUUGGAAAAGUGCCAAGAUCUUAAAAUUUUCGAUGUAUUAAAAUUAAGUUAUGAUGAGCUUGAUGAGGAGCAGAAAAAUAUAUUUCUUGACAUAGCUUGCUUUUAUAGAGGACAUGAAGAGACUGUAGUGGCAGAAAGACUAGAUGAUUGUGGUUUCUCUUCUAAGAUUGAAAUGGAUGUUCUCAAAGAUAAGUGCCUAAUAUCUGUUUUGGAUGGUAGAAUUGUGAUGCACGAUCUAAUACAAGAAAUGGGUCAAGAAAUUGUUCGUAAAGAGUGCCCUCAACAUCCUGGAAAACGCAGCCGAUUGUUGAAGGCUGAGGAAAUUUAUGAGGUUUUCAGAAAUAACAAGGGGUCAGAUGCAAUACAAUGUAUAUUAGCAAAUAUGAGCAAAAUGAAAGAAGUUGAAGUACAUGUACAAACUUUCGAAAUGAUGAACAAUCUUAGGAUGCUUAUGCUCUAUUCUUAUUGUGAUGAUCUCGAGGAAUCAAAUGUGUUUCUUGAAUCAUCUCUGGUAAGUCUACCAGACACUUUAAGGAUUCUUUAUUGGACCGGCUUCUAUCAAAAAUCUUUGCCACCAAAAUUUUGCCCACAAAAUCUAGUGAGACUCGAAAUGCCGCACUGCCAUCUUGAACAACUUUGGGAAGGAGAUCAGUAUUUACCGAAGUUGAAAAGGCUCAACCUGAGUGGUUCUAUGAAACUCACUAGAAUACCAGACCUUUCUCUGUCACCAAAUAUUGAAGAAAUAAUUCUCAGUAGCUGUGAGAAGUUGACUAAUGUUCACUCUUCCAAAUUACUCAGCAAACUCACUUGUUUAUGUUUAGAUAACUGUUAUGAUCUGAAGUGUGUAACUGUUCCCAGCAAUAUUCUAUCCAGAUCACCAGGAUUGAUUCUUCUUUCCUGGUGUUGCGAGCUUGAAAUGUUUUCAACCAGUCAAUCCAGAUUCCCUCAAGUGAAACUGGGGCGUCAACGUGAAACUUUCUCAAUAUUCCCUCGCGAUGAACCGGAGCAUCAACGUAGAACUUUCUUAAGACCCUCUUAUACGAUGGAGAGGGCUUAUACGAAUCAGGAGAGGGCGGUACAAGAUUAUUUCUCAACUUCCAGUGAAGUUUUCUCAAUUACUUUUGACAGAUAUGAGGAGGAAGAAAACGAAGUGACUGAUAAUAAUAAUGUAUACUCACAGAGUAAUGAAGUGUCCAGAAAACUCAUAGAAGGUGUGCCCUUAAACUUUCGAAGUCUCAAGAAGCUCUGUUUCAUAGAUCUCUUAAACUGUUCUUCCCUUGCAAUAUUUCCAUUUAACCUUUCUGAGAUGAAAUUCCUAAAGCAACUUUGUCUCCGUGGCUGCUCAAAAUUGGAAACUUUCCCUGAGAUUGAGGACACGAUGGAAGAUCUAGCGGUGCUCGUUUUAGUUGACACAGCCAUUCAGACACUACCUUCAUCCUUGUGGCGUUUGGUAGGGCUUCAAGAACUGAGUUUGAGCAUGUGCCGGUAUCUUGAGAUUAUUCCAUCUUCCAUUGGAAGCCUCACCAGACUGUGCAAGUUAGACCUUCGCUACUGUGAAUCACUUCAAACUUUUCCAAGCACCAUUUUCAAAUUGAAGUUGAAGAAACUUGAUUUGUGUGGUUGCUUAAGGUUGAGGACCUUCCCAGAGAUCACGGAACAGGCACAAACUUUUGCUCACAUUAACCUAAAACAAACGGCUAUCAAAGAACUGCCUUCCUCGUUUGACAAUUUGGUUAAUCUUCGAUCCCUGCAGCUCAACAAAUGCACCAAUCUCGAAUCACUCCCAAACUCCAUUGUUAAUCUGAAGAGUCUCUGUAAACUUGAUUGUUCGGGGUGUGUCAAAUUAACAGAAAUCCCAACAUACAUCGGUCGUUUGUCGUCAUUAACGGAACUGUCACUGAGUGAUACAAGAAUCGUGAACCUUCCUGAGAGCAUUGCCCAUCUUUCAAGCUUGAAAUCACUUGAUUUAAGUGACUGCAAAAAGCUAGAAUGCAUCCCACAGAUUCCACCAUUUCUGAAACAACUGGUGGCAUUGGAUUGCCCAUCCAUUAGAACAGUGAUGUCAAAUUCUCUUGUUCAAAACCUCUCAAACUCCAAAGAGAGUGUCUUCAAAUUUCAUUUGACCAACGCUCAACAACUGGAUUCAGGUGCUCGUGCUAACAUUGAGGAGGAUGCAAGGCUUAGGAUGAGCGACGAUGCAUAUACGUCUGUGUUGUUCUGUUUUCCAGGGAAUGCAGUUCCUGAAUGGUUCCGUUUUCGUGGGAAGGGACGUUCAGUGACCAUAAAUGAAGAUUUAAGCUUCUGCAGCGAUGAUAGGCUCAUUGGUUUCGCUUUGUGUGUCGUUUUUGGACUGUUGGAUACGAAUGAUGUUGAAGCUAGACGUGGUUAUUUUAGUUACAGCCUAAAAUUUGAAUCUGACGAUGAUGGAACACAGAAUAUUCCAAAUAAUGAUGUGUUAAAAAGCUUUUUCGAAUGGAAUGGUGAAGAGAGACCUGUUGAUGAAGAUCACACAUUGGUGUGGAAAUUUACGUUGGAGUCCCUAAGGAGGAGCGGCAUGAGCCUUAGGCUCAAUCGUGCUCGCAGCUUGAGUUUUGAGAUGAGUCCGUACGACUUUGACUUUCGGUGGCCAAAUUACGAGUCAGUUGUGGGAGAGUUCAAAUCAGUUGUGACAAUAAAAGAAUGCGGAAUAUGCCCUCUUUAUGGCAGCGGAGGCAAUGUUGCACAGUCUUGAAACUAGAUUAAGUUUAAAAUAUAGUGAUAGUUAGCAUUAGCAUCAAAAUUUUAAUCACACUUCUUGUAACAUAUUUUCUGUUAUUGCUUGAAAAUGAGUGAAAAUUGUAAAGUUA